AACGGUGAUCUGCCUUCUUCUCGCGAUUUUUUACCGUAACUCCGAUGGCCCGGUUAAGCGCACUGAGUUGAUGGACUUCCUUCAUGGCGCUGUAUGAAGUAACGUUUAACUGAAAUACCGACUGAAAUUUACCAGAAAUUGCUCAUUUGUCACAGGUUCCAUUGGUUCCUUAUGAGGAUUUGGGUUUCCUUCUCCAUUGUAAAACCGUGCUGUUAAAUCGAGUGUGUCCCAAGAAGAUGACAUGUCUAUGACUGAUUCCUGUCUUGACCUUCAUGCUUCCAGGAAAGCCACCCUGCAAUCAUCUACUAUACAAGCUGUUCUUCAUGGAAUUUUCUUUGCAUUUCUCUACUUGGUAUUACAGAAGUGUCAAGCGCUGUCAGAAGGCAAAGGCGAACCUCUCUUAUCAUUUAGAAUUUCAAAUUGUUUACUUUUCAUAUUCGUAGUUUCAUUUCUAACCUAUUCAAUAUGGGCAAGCAGCUGUAAAAAUAAGACAGAGUGCAUUGAACUACAUCCUUAUGUGUCUGUUGUACAGAACACAAUGGGAAAGAAGCAGAAUGGCAAGAGCAAAAAGGCAGAGGAAGCUGAGCCUGAAGAAUUUGUUGUUGAAAAAGUUAUUGACAGAAGAGUUGUGAAUGGCAAAGUUGAAUACUAUCUGAAGUGGAAGGGCUUUACAGAUGCUGACAAUACAUGGGAACCAGAAGAAAACUUGGACUGUCCUGACUUAAUAGAAACUUUUCUUAACUCUCAAAAAACUACAGUUGAAAAACCAGAUUCAAACAAAAGGAAACUACAGUCGGAAAGUGAAUCUGAUGAUGGCAAGGCAAAGAAGAAAAAAGAAUCUGUUGAUAAACCCCGUGGUUUUGCUCGAAACCUUGAACCAGAACGCAUCAUUGGUGCAACGGAUAGCAGUGGGGAGCUAAUGUUUUUGAUGAAGUGGAAAGAAUCUGAUGAAGCUGAUUUGGUGCCAGCAAAAGAAGCAAAUGUGAAGUGCCCUCAAAUUGUAAUUGCUUUUUAUGAAGAGAGACUUACUUGGCAUUCCUGUCCAGAGGAUGAACAGCAGUAAAUGUUUUAUUAAAUGGAAAUCUUAAGGGAAUAUUUUUAAACCCCUAAUUCAAGCUUUUUAAUAGACAGUAUUACUUGAAAUUGCAUAGCACUGGAAACAGCCAGUUUGGUCUGCAGUUUGCUCUGAUUUAAAGUCUCAGGGUUUUCUUACUAGAGCAGACCGUGACUAAGGUAUACCAUUAGUGAGUGAUGGACAUGACCAGUUUUACUAUAUGGUAUCUUUUUUCCUUUUUGGCUCUUCCCCUUCCUAAGAUCUGAUUUCUAGUAAUUUCAUGUUAGUUAGUCCUUACAAAAGCUCGGACGUUUUAUGGUCUGCAUUCAUAAAGCAGAGUUUAGACCUGUGGUUUUGAUUGAUGUUUUGCCUUAAAGCUCAUGUUUAAUUUUUCUCAACACGCCCUGAAGUCCUUUUAAUCAUUUUUGUGUUUUUGUAAAUAUUUUUGAACAGUUAAAUUUCUGUGCUUGUUUAAUUCCAUCAUUUCCAUUUGGUGGGGAGAAUUGCAAUGUUCAUCAAAUGCCUGCAUAACAGAGGCAUUAAAAUUAGUAACUGUUCUUGUUUGUAUCUUAAUGAUCCAAGUUGAGGGGUGGAGGUUUUGACUAGAAGCAAAUUCUGUUUAGAAUCCAGGCAGUCAUUUAAGGCUUUGUUUUAGUUAAGCUUCAGGUAGCCAAAGCUGAGGAAACGGUGUAUAUCAGCUAUAAAAUGUACUACUGAAUUCCAUAUGCAUACUACAGCAGCUCCUGUAACUAAAGUGCUUGUUAGUUAAUUGGCUUACUUCCUUCAUUUUUUUGAAGACUAUAUAUACCUACUGUGCAAACUGAAAAUCUAAAUAAUGCAUAUAAUGAGCUGGUGGGUGUGACUACAUUUCCCUGGCUCAAAAUUGAAUACAUUUUUCUCUCCUCACCUGACAACUUUUUACAUAAAAACAUUUCUUUGGUAAUGAAAGCUACUGUUGCUACUACACUUCAGUUCAUUCAAACUAAUGUAACGUCCUGGUUACCUAUUAAGUAUGUUUACAAUAAACUAAAAAGAACUGCCUUUUGUUACAAGCAGAAUAUCUUGAUGCUGAAACAUGUUUUGUAUGCAUUUGUGCAAAGAACUAAACACGUUGGGAAGUGACUGUACCUAAUAAAUACCAAAAUUAUGACAUGCUGUCAUCUACCCCAGA